AUGCAAGAUGAUGACAAGGGUCUAAUAAAAGAAGCAGCCGAGGACUAUGGGAAACCUGAUGAACUGAAUGGAGGGGUAGCUGAGGUAUACCCCAUUUCCCAAUAUUAUUAUCCUUCGAUGGGAUGGAUCCCCGAAUCCCCCGAACAGGACCGAAAUGGGUCCUUCAGUGGGCUUGAGCGAGAGUCCUUCCUUUUUCGAAGUAUCCUGUUCUCAUCACAGACUUGUUCAGGAAGGAAGGUUUCCUCGUCAUGGCUUGGCAUGAUUGGUGAUAUUGACUUGACUUGA